AUGGCAACAAUAGAUGGGAAAAAUCCUAAUCCUAUAAUUAUCAAGGCUCAUACAAGUGUGAGACCAGAUGAACUUGAACAAGUUAGGAAAAAGCUAGAAGUUGCAGGAAUAGAUGAUUUUGAUUUUGACGAAGAUAUGGUGUAUGAUGUAAUUGCGACAAUAAAGGACCCUGAACAUCCAUUAACCUUGGAAUAGUUAGAUGUGGUCAAACCUCAUUUGAUAACUGUUGAUAAUGAAAAUUAUUAUAUUAGAGUUGAAUUUACUCCAACUAUACCUAAUUGCUCAAUGGCAACAUUAAUAGGCCUGAUGAUAAGAACCAAACUUAAUAGAAAUAUUCCUUCUAAAUAUAAGGUUGAUGUCUAUAUUGAGGCAGGAAAACAUGACUAGUAAAAAGAGAUAAGCAAAUAAUUAAAUGAUAAAGAGAGAUACUUAGCAGCCUUAGAAAAUGAACAUCUUGCUGGGAUUGUAAAUGAUGGAAUCUAGGAUAAUUCUUUAAGCUAUAGAUGA